UCGUGUUAGAACCUGCGUCAAAACAAGUUCUAAAAAAUUCGGUCUAAUUUUUUAACGUGGUUUGAAGUUUGUCCGCGGAGGAAGUUAAACCCGAGCCCCAACAUUUCCUGGCAACAGUUCUUCUUGUGUUGCAGAUGGACAGAGCUCUGAUUUCAUCCAGGAUCUUAGUUGAACAGAUCCGUCAGGAUUAAACGUCAGAUGGGUUCAGCUGGAAAGAGGAAUAAACAAACACAUGGAGAAAAUUAAAAUCAAACUACUCUAUUGAUUGUCGGUUUUAACAUCAUCUAUGGAUCCAACCGAUCAGCACGAACUGAGGACGAAUGUCGAAUAAAAUCUUGCGAUGGACAGAACCGAACCACCGGCAGACCAUUUUCAGACUGCUGCAAAGAAACUGUAAGGGUCGUCUGGACGGAGUGAUAAAGCAGUUACAUUGCAGAUUGGUCGUGGAAGGAGAAGAUGCCUUUUGUUUUCCCCAUUGGAACGCUCUUCUUAGGUUGUAUUCGCAAGGCCAAUGCCCACAUGAAUCCUUCGCCGUCUUCAGGGAGAUCCGCGAUAAGGGUGCAAACGGGGACAGCUUCACUUAUGCCUUUCUUCUCAAGGCGUGCGCCGAUGCCGAAGCGGCCGACGGAGGGAUGCAGGUCCACGGCCACACCAUUCGGUUAGGGUUCGAGUCGCAUUUGUACGUGCAGACCACGCUCGUCAACAUGUACGCUUCUUGUAGCGUCGGAUGUUCCCUGUACUACGCCCGGCAAGUGUUCGACGAAAUGUCGAUCAGAAGUGUGGUCACCUGGAACGCCUUAAUCGCGGGCUUAACGAAGUGGGGAGAGGUUGAUGCUGCUCGCUUGUUGUUUGACGAGAUGCCGGAGCGCAAUGUCGUGUCGUGGACGAGCAUGAUCGAUGGGUAUACCCGGAGAAAUCAACUCCGGGAGGCGUUGCUCCUCUUCAGGAGAAUGCUAAUGCAGUGCAUCAAGCCUACGGAGAUAACCGUGCUGACCAUUCUUCCCGCCAUUGCUGGUUUGGGAGCCCUAGAAUUGGAGCGACAGGUCCAUGCAAGCGGCAAAAAGCAGGGCUUCACCACGGAUGUUCGGGUCAGCAACGCGCUGCUGGAUGCAUACUCGAAAUGUGGGAGUAUAGUCGAUGCACUCCAUAUGUUCGAGGAAAUGACUGAAAAAAAUCUGGUCUCGUAUACGUCUAUGAUCUCGGCAUUUGCGGCGCAUGGCCUGGCUGAGAAGGCAUUGGAGCAAUUUAAUGACAUGCAACAGAAGGGUGUGAAACCAAACGACGUCACUUUUCUUAGCGUCUUGAACGCUUGCAGCCACGGGGGUUUGCUGGAAGAGGGGCGUCUCUUCUUUGCUUCAAUGGUUUAUGAACACGGGAUAGCACCAGGGAUGAAGCAUUACAGUUGCAUGAUCGAUUUGCUUGGAAGAGCAGGGUUAUUGGAGGAGGCCGAAAAGCUUAUACUUGACAUGCCCAUGGAGGCCAACGCCAUAGUUUGGAGAACCCUGCUCGGUGCCUGUAACGUGCAUGGGAAUGUUGAGUUGGGUCGGCGAGUAUUGUGCCGUAUCUUAGAGCUAGAAAAGGAGUAUGGAGGUGAUUAUGUUCUGCUUUCUAAUAUAUAUUCUGCAGCAGGAAGAUGGGAUGAUGCCUGGAGUGUGAGGAGUUUGCUGGAUGAGAGAAGAGCAUUCAAAACGCCUGGGAGAAGCUUCUUUGAUGAGAUGAUCAGUUAAACCGAGCGCCCCUUUCCCCUCGUUCGCGACCCUCUGCUCAGUGCCAAUUAAACGCCAUCCAUGAUGAAGAUGGUCACGCACUCACAAGGAUCGGUAGCUGCUGUAGCUCAGCAAACAAUCUCCAGUGAAUACAAGUUUCUUGGAAAAUGUUGGAUACCUCUUUGGGUGUAAGAAAAGCUUAAAAAAUUGCGAAACAGUAGACAUACAAAUUGUACGAAUAUAAACAUCUUGAUAUAGUAAAAGGCAUCUUUGUAA